AUGCGUAGCAACCCGGAUGAUCUGCAAGAAUGUCCGGGAGGUUUCUGUGUAGUGAAAGAGCUGUGCCCAAAUGGAAUGUACGUCGAAACAAAUGCACAGACUAGCGGUAUUAUUGUGCCUCGAAAUCGUGAAGAUAAUGUGUGCCGGGACGAGAAAGUGUGCUGCCGAAAAGUAAGAAAAGUCCGAGCUAAUAUGCAAUGUCCCGGUGGUUAUUGCGUUGCUAAGCACCUAUGUCCUGACGGCACGUAUAUUGCUGAUCCUACACUAGCUCAGAAUAGUCAGCUCAUUGGUUUACGCACGCCAGUUGACAUUGACGAUUUCGAUUCAUGCGCAGAUUAUUUACUAAAAUGCUGUAAUGAUCCAGCCACUUCAACAGAUAAUCCACUGGACAGUGGGGUAAAUUUUGAAAUACCUGCAUCUAGCAUUAAAUGCGGACAGUUCAACAAUGAUGGAUUGCACUACGAACUGCAUCAUAAUGACUCCUUGGCACAGUAUGCCGAAUUCCCUUGGGUGGCGUACAUAAUUACAAACGAUAAUCCAAAUGAAUCCGUAGCGAAAAGUGACUUCGUCUGUGGCGGUACUUUGAUUCAUCCCCGGUUUGUAGUUACAACUGCUCACAAUACGGAUGGCAAAUCGAACUUGAUCGCGCGCUUCGGCGAAUGGGACAUAAGCACCACAAAUGAACCCUACCCGCAUCAGGACAUCAGCGUCACGGAAGUCAUCAAACAUCCCAACUAUGUGUACAACCCGAUACAGAACGAUAUUGCACUGUUAUUGCUUGCGGAAAGCGUGCAAUACCAAAAGCAUAUUCAGCCUAUAUGUCUGCCGCAGCCUGCCGAUCAGUUUGCAGGCGAACGUUGCAUCUCCAACGGCUGGGGCAAGCAGCGUGGAGUGUACGCGAACGUGAUGAAGAAAAUAACACUUCCGGUUAUUGCCAACAACGAUUGUACUCGAAUGCUGCGAUUUGCUGGACUUGGACCAUUCUAUAAUCUUCGGAAAAGUUUCAUCUGUGCUGGUGGUGAAGUUGGCGUCGAUAUGUGCAAAGGUGACGGAGGAUCACCACUCGCGUGCCAAACCGACAGUGGAACGUUCGUGCUGGCUGGAAUUGUUUCGUGGGGUAUCGGAUGCGGAGGUCAUAAUUCUGCCGGUGUUUACGUUGCCGUGACACGAUAUGUAAGGUGGAUCACGGAAUAUCUCAUGAAACAUUCUCCGAUGAACUCUAACUAUGAGAUUUCGAUGGAAUACGGAUGUGGUGUACACAACCCAGAUGGGAUUGGUAAUCAAGUCGAGGUCAACCAUACAUACGCUAAGUAUGGCGAAUUUCCGUGGGUUGUUGUCAUUUUACAAAACGAUGCGAUCCUCGGUGGUGGUACGCUGAUACAUCCGAGAUUUGUGCUUACGGCAGCGCAUAUACUGGAAUUGAAGGACUCGAAGAACUUAGUCGCCAGCUUUGGAGAAUGGAAUUUAAAACAGAAAGAAAGUAUCCUGCCAAAACAGAAUAUUCAAAUACAAAACACAAUUGAACAUCCUGAGUAUGAGCAUGAGGGUCUAAAAAAUGAUAUUGCGUUAGCACAUCUGAAACAAGAUGUGCUUUAUGAUAGGCAUAUACGACAAAUCUGCUUGCCCAACCCAACCGAUGUGUUCGAUAACCAACUCUGCAUCUCUACCGGUUGGGGCGUAGAUCCCAUAUCACUUGCUUCGUCCUCAUAUAUUUUGAAACGCGUAGAACUGCCGGUUAUACCACGAAAAAAGUGCAAGCGAAUGUUUGCGGCGACACGUUUGGGAGAUUUCUUCCGUCUGCACAAGAGCUGCCUUUGUGCCGGUGCCGUGGAAGGCGUAGACAUGUGCUAUGGAGAUGGUGGAUCUGGUCUAUUUUGUCCGACAGAGUCGGGAUCUUACGUUUUAGCAGGGAUUGUUUCUUGGGGCUUAAGUUGUGGCCAGCAGGACGUUCCAGGCGCUUACGCGAAUGUGGCUAAUUUUGUAACGUGGAUUAAUUCUACGAUAGCAGAAAAUGUGUAA